AGGUACUAGGUUUGUGAACCUCUGGUCGCUCUUGCCUUCCUGGUUUUUGCGCUCUGUUUGUGUUGUUUAUAUUUACUUAACUACGUCUACAGAAUUGACGAGUGCACCUGCAUUGUGUCGUGCUUAUCAUCGUUGUUCGUUUUUAUUGCGGUAAAAUAGAAAAAAUCCAACGGGGUUGCGGUGGUUUCGACCGCCGCAGUCGUUCCGCAAACGUCAAAAGUGCUCGGUUCACGCUAAAAAGUUCUCACUCACUUGGUUGCCAUAAAAUUCAAAAAUAAUGAAAAUUGUUUCAUUUAUGGUUUAUGUAAUCGCAAUUGCUGCUACAACAUGUAACUUAUUUCUAAACUACAUUAGGUGUAGUUUUAGCACUUAAGUAUGCAGCUGUACGCCAUUAAACAUAAUUUAGAUUUUCAACUAUUUAUUUUUGUUUCAAGGUUGUGUGCAUACUUUUUGAAGUGUGCAGCAGUUUGACGUUUGCGGAACAGGUCUUCUUUGUCUUCUUCACUCCGCCAGGUUGGAAGAUUUCUCUGGAUAAGCAAUAUCUACCUGGACUCUGUUUGUGGUUUGUGCAGCUGUGAAUUAAGCGAAUUAAAAUCGGCCCGUUAUUGAAGUGAUUGAAGUGAUAGCGUUGUCGAAAACAAUAUUGGCUCGCCAUCGUACCUGACGUCAUCGUUUCAUUUUCCAAGAUCAGCGCCAUCUUUUGACUACUAGCUACAGUCUCUCUCGAACGAGUAUCCAUAGACAAACGGACAACCAGAAAUGGAUUCUGAAUGCUACCAGUGUUCAAACCUCAUCAAGUCGUUUGAAUUUAUGCAAUGUAAAUUUUGCAAUCAUGCUGUGCAUAUUAAAUGCGUAGGACUGAAACGAUCUAAUAUGGAUUUCGUGAACGAGCGAAAAAACAUUUUGUGGGUUUGCGACAAAUGUAUUGAUGAGCUCGAAAUACUGAAAGAAAAUCGCCCUAUUACUUGUAACGAGAUUGUUACCGGUGUUUCUGAGGCAAUCAAAGAAUCCUUAGCGAACCUCAAAACCGAUCUUCAAGUAACCAGGGCGCUAAUUGAGUCCAUUGCGGGGAAAAUGCCCUCGAAAGGAAAUUCGAGUGCAAAUUCGGCUCGUACGGCGUGGCCAAGCAUUAAAAGAACUCGCGAAGCUGCCAAAGAAACACCUAAAACUCGCCCUGACGUCAAGCUUACUAUUGGUACGAAAUCGGUUGAUAAAGAUGAUUUGACCGUCGAAACCGUUGCCAAGCCUCCUGAAAAAUUUUGGCUAUAUCUGUCCAGAAUUGCUCGCCAUGUUACUGAAGCAGAUAUUUCGCAGUUGGUGAAAAACUGUUUGCAAACUGAAGACUCGAUUGAAGUAAGAAAACUGGUACGCAAAGGUGCUGAUCUAGCACAGUUUGCGUUCAUUUCAUUCAAAGUAGGCGUGGAUGUGAAGCUGAAGAAUACUGCUCUGGACCCCACUGUUUGGCCAAAAGGAGUAUAUUUCCGAGAAUUUGAGAAUGUGUCUAAUGAACGGGAUUUUUGGGGACCUGCGAAAAUCCCUCGGAUCGACGACGGUAUACAAUUGGUUACGGGGACACCGAUGGUCGUCUCCUCUUCACCCGAUCGUUCAACACCCUUGCAAUAAAAACUACGCCUAUAACGGAACGCACAUCACAAAGCAUGAUGGAAGCCCUCAAGCCAUUCGACACAGUCGAGCCCAGCCGUUUUUCUUCAAGUGCUGAUUGUUCCGGCCGUCCAAGUCGUUCCGUUCCUGUGUUCGAAAUCGGCGAGGAGGGCUUCCAGCUUGCUCACUCAGGCAAGUAUCCAAAUAAUAGAGUUCCUUCGUCCGUUGAAUCCCGUCCAAUUCUUAGCGCACAUGAUGACAUCACGCAAGCCACAUCUACUUGCUUCCAAUGUUCAACCGAAUGCCCGACAAACAGUACUACCAGCAGCACCAGCAGCGAAUAUCCGGAACGCCCUCAAUCCUCGACAACGGAACGCACAUCACGAAGCAUGAUGGAAGCCCCCAAGCCAUCCGACACAGUCGAGCUCAGCCGCUUUUCUCCCAGUGUUGAUUGUUCCGGCCGUUCAAGUCGUUCCGUUCCUGUGCUCGGAAUCGGCGAGGGGGGCUUCCAGCUUGCUCGCUCAGGCAAGUACCGAAACAAUAGAGUUUUUUCGUCCGCUGAAUCCCGUUCAAUUUCCAGCAUAAGUGAGGGCAUCACGCAAGUCAUAUCUGCUUGCUUCCAUAGUUCAUCUGAAUGCCCUACGAACAGUAUUAUCAACUGCGAACUGUUGGAAGUUAUGUAGCGUUGAACGCUCGGGUAGCGUCGAACCUUCAGGUACGAGUUUGGAGUGUUGGAGCGAGGUAGAUUUGUUGGCGUAGGUAUGAUGUUAUUAAAGAAGAUAGUCAAAUUGUAUAUACCUGGAAUGAAUAAAGAGUGUGGCGGUUGUUGAUUGAGGUAUCAGUCGGCAGCCGUCUAGUUUGAUGGAAGAUGUCUAGCGUUUUAUUUUCAUUGUAAUUUAGAAACAGGCAUCGACGGAGCUAGCCUCGCUAUGGCCCGCGUGGCCAUGGUGGACUAGCUUCCAACAGGUUAUGGGCCCAGGAGCGUGUUCCCCAGCACGUAUCGACCGGGAGAAGGAUCGGCCGCAUAAGUCGCGGAGUCGCAGCACGGGAUCCUUGGGCGGAUGGAUUGGCUGCAACGGAGGACAGGAUCCAUGGGAAUGUUGGCGAUACGGGUCAACUGGAUGACUGCUGGCUGGUCACCGGACGGAGCUCGAGGAAUGUUGUGAGUUGGAUCGGAUGCAGCUCGGUGGUCGCACCCGGACGAAGAGGUUGGCGACAGGAGGAGUGAUCCGGAAGACAACAUGAAGGUGGAGCUCGGAGAUGGACCUGGUCGGAGCUCGGAACUGGUGUAGAGCUGAUGCAAGCGUCGGAGUUGGGCCACUUGCCAAGCGUUGGAGUGAGGAGGAGCUUCGAGCCAGGAGGAGGUAAUCGUGGUUGGAAGGUUGCGACGCUAAGGAGGAGUGUUGGAAGUUAGGUAGCGUUGAACGCUCGGGUAGCGUCGAACCUUCAGGUACGAGUUUGGAGUGUUGGAGCGAGGUAGAUUUGUUGGCGUAGGUAUGAUGUUAUUAAAGAAGAUAGUCAAAUUGUAUAUACCUGGAAUGAAUAAAGAGUGUGGCGGUUGUUGAUUGAGGUAUCAGUCGGCAGCCGUCUAGUUUGAUGGAAGAUGUCUAGCGUUUUAUUUUCAUUGUAAUUUAGAAACAGGCAUCGACGGAGCUAGCCUCGCUAUGGCCCGCGUGGCCAUGGUGGACUAGCUUCCAACACGAACGUCCAGAUCAACCUUUAUCACCGGCAACGGAACGCUCACCACAAAGCAUGAUGGAAGCCCUCAAGCCAUUCGACACAGUCGAGCCCAGCCGUUUUUCUUUAAGUGCUGAUUGUUCCGGCCGUCCAAGUCGUUCCGUUCCUGUGUUCGAAAUCGGCGAGGAGGGCUUCCAGCUUGCUCACUCAGGCAAGUACCCAAAUAAUAGAGUUCCUUCGUCCGUUGAAUCCCGUCCAAUUCCCAGCACAAAUGAUGACAACGCACACGCUAUGUCUACUCACUUCCACCUUCCAACUGAAUGCCCUGCGAACGGUACCAUCAGCAGCGUCAGCAAACGUCUUCAGUCGUCAACAACGGAACGCACACCACGAAGCAUGAUAGAAGCCCCCAAGCCACCCGACACAGUCGAGCUCAGCCGCUUUUAUUCAUCCGCUGAUUGUUCCGGCCAUCCAAGUCGUUCCGUUCCUGUGUUCGGAAUCGGUGAGGGGGGCUUCCAGCUUGCUCGCUCAGGCAACUUGGAUGUUUGUGAUAUGCCAUCAUCACGGGCUGCAAACCGGCAGCUUGACCCAUCUGAGGAUCGUAUUUGGGCGUAUUAUCAUAAUGUUAGGGGUCUCCGAACCAAAAUUGAUGAUUUGUUCCUCGCCUCUUCGGAUUGCGGCAUGGACAUAAUCUUCCUAACCGAAACUGGUCUGGAUAGUAGCAUCGACUCUCUUCAGCUUUUCGGAGGGGACUACAACGUUUUUCGCUGUGAUCGCAACGCCCUCAAUAGUAACAAAGCUAGCUUUGGUGGAGUGCUUAUCGCCGUGGCAAAGCGUUUUCCUAGUUCCGUUGUGAACGUUGAACAUGGUGAUCAACUCGAACAAGUCUGCGUUUCAGCGACUAUUAAAGGCAGUAGACUCUAUCUGGCUUCUUUAUAUCUCCCGCCUGACCGUAGUCGGGACAGUAGAACCAUGGAACUACAUAUCGCAUCCAUUAGAGAGUUGUGUGAAAGAUCCGACAGAGUUUUGGUAUGUGGUGACUACAAUCAACCACGGUUGGAUUGGUUGGCCGCUGAUUGUUCGGUGAGCGUAGCCGAAUCAUCAUCACUCAAUGCUGCUAGUACGGUUCUUCUGGAUGGAAUGGAUUUCCUCAAUCUCUCUCAACGUAACGCAGUUCGGAACGAACUCGGCCGCACGCUGGAUUUGGUAUUCUACAGCGUGGAAAACGACAUGGAAAUCGACGAGUCUGCGGUUUCACUCUUGCCUAUCGACAGUCACCAUCCUCCUUUGGUUUUGUCACUGUCUUCGACUUUUGCACAACCAGCACAAAUUGAGCGGAACAUCGAAGUCCGGCCUCUUGACUUCCGUAAGAUUGACUUCGCGAUUUUCUCGCAAUUCCUCUCUAACCGAGACUGGGACGAUGUUCUUCAAUGCACUGACGUAGACGACAUGACCAUGCGGUUUUGUGGGAUUAUCAAGGAUUGGCUGGAAUUGAAUGUUCCACGUAAAAAGCGCCGUUUUUCUCCGGCGUGGAGUACUCCGUUGCUUCGAAGACUGAAACGAGAUAGAAAUUCGGCUCAGAGAAAACUAAGGAACAACAAUACAGUCGACAAUAAGCGGAACUUCAAACAUGCGAGUACAGUCUAUUGUAGACUCAACAGUUCAUUGUAUAAAUCGCAUGUUCUCAGAGUGCAGUGGAACUUGCGGCGCAACCCAAGCAGCUUCUGGAGUUUCGUGAACAGCAAAAGGAAAAACUCUAGUAUCCUUCUAAUGUGCGACUUGGUGAUAGAGAGGCAACCAGUACUGCGGAAGCAUGUGAGUUAUUUGCAGAACACUUCGCAUCAGUCUUCGAACGGAGUCGAACUAGCGACCAGGAAGCGCAGUCUGCAGCAAGUGAUGUACCGCAGGACUCCAUAAAUCUGACUACGUUUGUGGUAUCCGAAGA